UCUCUCGCCCAGAUCCUGUCACCAGCCUGGCGCCUCUGUGAGAAAGUUCCACUGCAAGACACCCUGGGGAUUUAUCAUUUCCCUCUUUCACCCAGUCCGGUAGCCAGUAAAUCCCAAGAGCCCUCUGAGGCUAUACCUGGGGUGGCUCCCUCCAGCCGGCUUGAAAGAUGAAUUCCUGCACCAUCGUGAUGAGGUUCCUGCUGUCUGGGCCUUUUGUCUUUGCCCCAGCCUGGAGCUACAACCUGGAUGUGCGACAUGUACAAAACUUCUCCUUCCCACUUGCCGGGAGGCAUUUUGGGUACCGUGUUCUGCAAGUGGGAAACAGGGUUGUUGUGGGAGCUCCAAAUGAAGGGAACAGGAUGGGAAACCUGUAUCAGUGCCAGCCAGAAACUGGAGACUGCCUGCCAGUCACACUGAGUUCCAGCUAUACCUCCAAGUACUUGGGAAUGACCCUGGCAACAGACCCCACAAGUGGCAACCUUUUGGCCUGUGAUCCUGGGCUGUCUCGAACAUGUGACCAGAACAUCUAUCUAAGUGGUCUCUGUUACCUCAUCCAUGAGAAUCUGAGGGGUCCCGUGCUACAAGGGCACCCUGGUUAUCAGGAAUGUAUAAAGGGCAACGUAGACUUGGUAUUUCUGUUUGAUGGCUCAAUGAGCUUGCAGCAAGAUGAAUUUGGGAAAAUUGUGGACUUCAUGAAGGAUGUGAUGAAGAAACUCAGCAACUCUUCCUACCAGUUUGCGGCUGUUCAGUUUUCUACAGAUUUCAAAACAGAAUUUACUUUCUUGGAUUACAAUAGACAGAAGGACCCUGACGCUCUGUUGGCUGGAGUCAAACACAUGCGUUUGUUGACCAACACCUUUGGUGCCAUCAACUAUGUUGCGAAAGAAGUGUUCCGGCAAGAGCUGGGAGCCCGCCCAGAUGCCACCAAAGUGCUUAUCAUCAUCACUGAUGGGGAAGCCACCGACGAACAGAACAUUGAUGCGGCCAAAGACAUUAUCCGCUACAUCAUUGGGAUUGGAAAGAACUUUAAGACCAAAGAAAGUCAGGAGGCGCUCCAUCAGUUUGCCUCCAAACCCGUGGAGGAGUUUGUAAAGAUCCUGGACACAUUUGAGAAGCUGAAAGAUCUAUUCACCGAGCUGCAGAAAAAGAUCUAUGUCAUUGAGGGCACAAGCAAACAGGACCUGACAUCCUUCAACAUGGAGCUGUCCUCCAGCGGAAUUAGCGCAGACCUCAGCGAGGGCCAUGGUGUUGUGGGGGCCGUUGGAGCCAAAGACUGGGCUGGGGGCUUUCUCGACCUGAAGGCAGACCUGCAGAGCAGCACAUUUGUUGGGAAUGAACAACUGACAGUAGAAUCGAGGGAAGGAUAUUUGGGUUACACGGUGACCUGGCUGCCCUCCCGAGGGACCAUGUCAUUGCUGGCCACUGGAGCCCCCAGAUACCAGCAUGUCGGGCGGGUGCUGCUGUUCCAACAGCCAAAGAGAGGAGGACCCUGGAGCCAGAUCCAGAAAAUAGAUGGGAUCCAGGUUGGCUCUUAUUUUGGUGGCGAGUUGUGUGGCGUUGACGUGGACAGAGAUGGGGAGACAGAGCUGUUGCUGAUUGCAGCCCCCCUGUACUAUGGGGAGCAGAGAGGAGGCCGGGUGUUUAUCUACCAGAAAAUACAGCUGGGGUUCCAAAUGGUCUCAGAGCUGCAGGGGGAGACCGGCUACCCCCUUGGACGAUUUGGAGCCGCCAUCGCUGCCCUGACAGACAUCAAUGGGGAUGAGCUGACGGACGUGGCUGUGGGAGCCCCUCUGGAGGAGCAGGGGGCUGUGUAUAUCUUCAAUGGGCAGCAAGGGGGGCUGAGCCCCCGGCCCAGUCAGCGGAUAGAAGGGACCCAGAUGUUCUCAGGAAUUCAAUGGUUUGGACGCUCCAUCCACGGGGUGAAGGACCUUGGCGGGGAUGGCCUGGCAGAUGUGGCUGUGGGGGCUGAGGGCCAGGUGAUUGUGCUCAGCUCCCGGCCUGUGGUAGACAUCAUCACAAGCGUGUCCUUCUCCCCGGCCGAGAUCCCAGUACGUGAAGUCGAGUGCUCCUAUUCCACCAGCAACCAGGAGAAGGAAGGCGUUAACAUCACAGUCUGUUUCCAGGUCAAGUCUCUCAUCUCCACCUUCCAAGGGCACCUGGUUGCCAACCUCACUUACACUCUGCAGCUGGACGGCCAUCGGACCCGAAGCCGAGGGUUGUUCCCAGGAGGGAAACACGAACUCAACGGGAACACAGCUGUCACCUCUGUCAAGUCCUGCUUUAUGUUCUGGUUCCACUUCCCGAUAUGCAUUCAAGAUCUCAUCUCUCCCAUCAACGUCUCCCUAAGUUAUUCUCUCUGGGAGGAAGAAGGGACACCGAGGGACCCAAGGGCGGGCAGGGACAUCCCGCCCAUCCUGAAACCCUCACCACACUUGGAGACCAAGGAGAUUCCUUUUGAGAAGAACUGCGGAGAGGACAAGACUUGUGAGGCAGACCUGAAGCUGGCCUUCUCCGACAUGAGAUCCAAAAUCCUGCAUCUGACCCCCUCCGCCAGCCUCUCUGUGAGGCUGACACUGAGGAACACAGCAGAAGAUGCUUACUGGGUCCAGGUCACCCUGAGCUUCCCCCAGGGACUCUCAUUCCGCAAAGUGGAGGCGCUCAAGCCCCACAGCCAUGUACCUGUGGGCUGUGAGGAGCUUCCUGAGGAGGCCAUACUGCAGAGCAGGGCCCUCUCCUGCAACGUGAGCUCUCCCAUCUUCGGAGCAGACAGCAUGGUUGAUAUCCAGGUGAUGUUUAAUACGCUGCAGAAAGGCUCCUGGGGGGAUUUGAUCAAGCUGCACGCCAAUGUGAGCUGCGACAAUGAGAACUCAAGCCUCCUGGAGGACAACUCGGCCACCGCCAGCAUCCCUGUCAUGUACCCCAUCAACAUCCUCACCAAGGACCAGGAAAACUCCACACUGUAUAUCAACUUCACCCCCAAGAGUCCCAAGAUCCACCAUGUCAAGCACAUCUACCAGGUGAGGAUCCAGCCUUCUAACUAUGACAACGUGCCCCCACUGGAGGCCUUGGUUAGGGUACCACAGGUGCACAGCGAGGAGCUCAUCACCCACAGGUGGAGCAUACAGAUGGAGCCUCCAGUCAACUGCAGCUCCAGAAAUCUGGAGAGUCCAUCUGAUGUGGCUGAGCCUGGCUCGUUUGGAACUGAGUUCCGCUGCCCAAUCGACUUCAGGCAGGAGAUCCUUGUCCAAGUGAACGGGACGGUGGAGUUGAGGGGGACGAUCAAGGCCUCCUCCAUGUUGAGCCUUUCUAGCUCCCUCUCCAUCUCCUUCAACAGCAGCAAGCACUUUCACCUCUAUGGCAGCAACGCCUCCAUGGCCCAGGUCGUCAUGAAGGUUGACCUUGUAUAUGAGAAAAAGAUGCUCUAUCUCUACGUGCUGAGUGGAAUCGGGGGGCUGUUGUUGCUGCUCCUGAUUUUCAUAGCUCUGUACAAGGUUGGUUUCUUCAAACGGAACCUGAAGGAGAAGAUGGAGGCAAAUGUAGAUGCUUCCAGUGAAAUCCCUGCAGAAGAUGCUGGGCAGCCAGAGUUGGAGAAAGAGUUCAAGGACCCAGGCUGCCUGGAGCCCCUCCAGAAGAAGGAUGAGGAUGAAAGUGGUGGAGAUUGAGGUGUAGCCCAUAUGCAGAGGGCCCAGGACUGGACUCGGGGUGCCUGGUACCAGCCUACCUCUACCUGAAUUUCGCUGUGUGUUCCUAGGCAAGCCACUGCCCCUCCAUAAGCGUCAGUUUCCAUAUCUUGAACAUGGGCCCUUUCCUGCCUGCCUCCUGUGCAGGCCUGUGGUAAAGAUCCACUUAGGGAUGCACCAGGAAGGUCACAGAGGUGAGGCCUUGUAAUUACCACAUGUCCUGGUUCCCACCGGCCCCUGUUAGUUUCCUCCCCUGGAAGAGAACAUCUGUUCUAAAUUUGGAGAAAUGGUCAUCUCAGGACCUAGUAACACUCCAGGCUGUCAUAUCCACCUGUGCCUGGAUGUCCUCAGGGACCUCAGACCACGCCCCCCUCCCCAGAACCUUGCCCUGCCUUCCCUGGAAUCCUGUCAGCUUUUAAUUCUCAUGCCAGAACAAAUCUCUUCUGUGUCACUACACUGCUCCUGCAAAUCCUUUGACUAACAACCAAAUUCCUUAAUAUGCCUUCCAGAAUCUGCAAAAUUGGGCCCCUGUUUCCCUCCCAGACUCUUCUAGAAAUGUCCCACCUUCCUUCCUGAGGUGACUAGCCUUUUCACUUGCACCGCUCCUUCCUGGCUUACUGCCUUCACCCAGACUCUUCUCACUUCUCACUUCAGACUCCUCUCACGUUCCUCCUGCCUAACUCUCAGCCUUCAGUUCUCAGCUUACACAUCACUUUCGCAGAGCAGCACCACCCCCCCAACCUCACCUCAGUUGGGUUCCCAUGUUAUACAUGCUUACACAGGCUGUACUUGUUCUGCAUAGCACUGAUCAUAUCUGUUAAUUGUUAAAUGAUUUACUUCAUAUCUGUCUCUGAAAUUAAACGAUGAACUCCAUGAGGGUGAGGAUCAUAGCUGUCUUGUUCACCUUGGGACCCCUGGUGAUAUCAGAGCCAGAUACAUAGUAGGUGCUUGACACAGUUUCACUGUAUUAGUGUGGGUGCCUGUGGGAAGACAGGGAAAAAAGUUUGGGUGGGCCCCCUGGGCAACCUCAUCCACUGAGGCUCAGCCUCCCCCAGGCACCUGCCUCCUCAUUCUACAGCCCCCCACCCCAGGACCCCAUCACAUCCUACUGUGGCCCCCGCUGGGAGAUUGUGUGCUCAAAGAUGGAAACUACAUCCAAUGACUUGGCCCCCAGUGCCAACCACAGUGCUUGCAUGUAUUUAGCAAAUAAACAGGAAACUCUGGCCAA